AUGCCACCACGCAAGCGUUCACGUGUUGUUCGCUCCACUAGAAAAACACAGCCAUCUUGCAAUCGCAAAGCAUUGACAUCGACCACCAAGAAGAAGGCAUCCCCCACUGCAGACAAUUCUGGUGACAGAACUGGUCAAGACAAUUAUGUGCCUAGUGACUUGGGCAACAACAACAACAAACCGGAGGAUCUAGAAGGCUCUCCUCCUCCAACAAACACUCAGUCAUCAGCAUCAGCGCCCAGCCCCCAAGCCACCCAUACCACUGAUCCUAUUCCGUCUUGCCAGCCUACCAACGAGAAAUUGACUAUCUACAACUACUCAACGCUUGGCCAACAACUUGGACAGCCCGCUCUUGAGAGAAUGCUCAACGACCCCGAUUGUAAAACCCAGAAUCAACUACCAUCAGCAGUCCUAGCAGAGGCACAGGCCCUUCAAGGGUACUACACAAUUGAAAAGCUCAGCCUAUCUUUGGUCGGCAAUACCUCCCUCACUACCGUCAAAUCUACACUUUUUGAAGGCCCUGUGGCUUGUGAACAAAACGGCUACACAACCUGGCUGUGCUACAGCCAAGAAAACACUGUUGACAUAUCAAUGCCUGCAGGAAAACAACCUGACGGUUUUGCCAAACAUAACCAAGUCGGUCGAAGAUGGACUGAACUUGAAGAGGACAAGAAAGAGACAUUCCAACCCCAACUUUUCAAGCGUCUAGCCUUGGCCCAUUUUGCAAGCGAGGUAACUCCAGUACCAGAUGAAGAGCGCCUCACCGACGCAGAGCACACAACGUAUAUGGGAUUUUUUAGCAAACAUGUCAAUCUGGACAAGGUCUUUAAACACCUCCAGAGCGGAGUCCUUGGCCAAACCAUAGCUAAUUCAAUUGCUGUCAUCGAAAAACGGGGUCGCAAAGAGAUAGGAAAAGUAGCCAACCAGUUACAAAAGGAUGCCAAGCGUAUACACCACCUAGCAAAGGAUUUUGCCAUCAGAUUGACCGCCACCCAGAUCAACUCCACUGAAAUCACACAAACCAGUAUGCCAAGCACCACUGUCAAGUCCAAGCAGGAGGUAUUGAGGACCAAGCUCACCAACCUUUUGAACAAUGAGAUAUGCAAGAACUUACCCAAUCCACCCCAGGGCCCCAAACACAAUGUAUUCCCCAAGACACCCAAUCCACAUGAUACUAUUGCACGCCGGCUGUUCCAAGGCAUACAUGAUGCAACACAUGUCCCAAAGUACACAUACCAUCAGGGUUAUAUUGAGCCUCGUGAUGAGGCUCUUGCCUUGGAGACAUACUUCUUCCGUGCGCCUUCUCAAUUGUAUAAACAAAACAACAUAUUAAAAAAAUUCUUGCACAAUUGA